AUGUCCUCCCAAUCGUCACGAAGCGACUCUGGCACAGACGAGUCAGUGUCAAAACCCUUUAUACCUUAUCAACCACACCUCGCCGCUAUAGCAAAAGUCCACCCAUCCCCUGACCAACAAGCUUCUUCUCAGCACUUUCUCCGAUCCACAGCUCCAAGCCCCCAAUCCCCUGCAGAAAAUUCGCCAAACAUAUCUCUCUCGGAGACCAUGCACGAGUUCCGAUUCAAUCCGAGCGAUACAAACACAUGGUUCAAGUACCCACGAACACCGCCCCCUGUCCCACUCUCCCGUCCAGAGAACGUAAUCCCAUCGCACAUCUUCGUAGACGGAUACCUAAUCCCCAAUCCACUAGCCUCGCCAGAGAUGUUCGUUAGUAGCUACCGGGAGAAAGUUCUACCGAUGUCUGAAGCGCGUGGAUCGCUACUAGAAAGACGAAAGCGGACAUGUCGGAAGCGGCGAUUGGAGAGGGACGAAAUGAUACAGGUGAGGGAUAGGGAGGCCGUUGAUGGGGUUUGUGGUAUGGUUGCUGCAGGCCAGGAGAUUCAAUGGGAACCGGGCUUUGGAAAUGGGAGUGGGCCAUGCAGAGGAUGA